AUGACUGGAAAAGACGAUGAUUAUAAUUUUGUCUUCAAGGUGGUGCUGAUCGGCGAGUCAGGCGUGGGCAAGACCAAUCUGCUGUCCCGGUUCACCCGCAAUGAGUUCAGCCACGACAGCCGCACCACCAUCGGGGUUGAGUUCUCCACCCGGACUGUAAUGCUGGGCACCUCAGCCAUCAAGGCGCAGAUCUGGGACACAGCUGGCCUGGAGCGGUACCGAGCCAUCACCUCUGCGUACUACCGCGGAGCGGUAGGAGCGCUCCUGGUAUUUGACCUAACGAAGCACCAGACCUACGCCGUUGUAGAACGCUGGCUCAAGGAGCUCUAUGACCACGCUGAAGCCACUAUUGUUGUCAUGCUGGUGGGGAACAAAAGUGACCUGAGCCAGGCCAGGGAGGUGCCCACGGAGGAGGCCUGCAUGUUUGCUGAAAACAACGGUCUGCUGUUCCUGGAGACCUCAGCACUGGACUCCACCAAUGUGGAGCUGGCCUUUGAGACUGUCCUCAAAGAGAUCUUUGCAAAGGUGUCCAAGCAGAGACAGAACAGCAUCCGGGCCAAUGCCAUCACCCUGGGCAAUGCCCAAACUGAACAGGAUUCUGGCCCUGGGGAGAAGAAGGCUUGUUGCAUCAACCUCUGA